AGUUAUCUUGAUAACGUCUAGUCGCGUGGGAGAUGUACUACGGCGAUGUUGCGAAUUGCGUGGGUUUUGGUGCUGGUGGUAGUGUGUGAUGGGAGUAGGGUGCUGGUGGUGUCUCCUGUGCCGAGCCGCACUCAUGCUGUACUUACUGACUCACUGGUGGAGAUUCUGCUAAAUGCUGGACAUGAGGUGACGUAUGUAUCGAAUUACUCUAAGCUGAAGAGUAGCGAACGACUCAUUUGCAUCAACAUCAGCUCAGUGGACCAUGAAGAUACAGAUGUAGUGAAUUCGGGAACACUAAGUCUGAUGCAAGAUCAGCCGCCUUAUCAAUUGCUAGAGGAGGGUGUGGAACACGCACAACGUCUUCUACGUCAUCAGUUGGUCCAGAAUCUACUGUUAGAUACUAACGUUGGUUAUGAUGCAGUCGUUGCCGAGUGGUACUACAGUGGUCUUUUGGCACCGUUAGCAGCUCUAUACGAGUGCCCAUUAAUAUGGUACAGCACUUUAGACCCCAACUGGAUGACAUUGCAGCUGGUGCAUGGGCAAACAAAUCCGGCAUAUGCCGUCGACUUCCAAGCAAGGAAUGUCGCAUCUCCGCCCUAUACCAUAACUUCAAGAUUGCAAAGGCUGGGGCGGCAAAUAUAUAUGUCUGCGAGGAUGUUCUACACAAUGCAUUAUGUAGAAACUCCAAUAUACGACGAGCUAUACCGUCCUCUUUUGAAACUUCAUGAUCGAAUACCAUCAGAUUAUGAGUCGCUCGUCUACAAUGGUUCGUUGUUGUUAGUCAACUCGCAUCCUCUUGUGGGACAGACCUUGCCAUUGCCUGCUAAUGUGAAGUAUGUUGGUGGACACCACUUAGAGGAACCCACAAAGCCACUCCCACAGAAAUUGCAAGCCAUACUGGACAGCGCCAAACAUGGAGUAAUACUAUUCAGCUUACGAUCGCACGCGAGGAGCCAGGACUUGAUUCAUCACGUAAAAUAUCAGCUGCUGCAGAUGUUCGAGCAACUGGAACAGACCGUCAUCUGGACUAUUGACAAGAAGCUGGACAACUUGCCCGAGAAUGUGUUCACCUUCAGAUGGGUGCCGCAAACCAGCAUAUUGAAUCACUCGAACACGAUACUUUUUAUCAACAACGGAGGAUUAACUUCUCUCAUAGAAGCCACUUACUACGGAGUUCCAGUGAUCGGUAUCCCACUCGUUGGAGACCAGUUCGUUAAUAUCGACUUGGCGCAGGCCAGAGACAGGGCUAUUAUAGUUAAUUAUUCUGAAUACCUGGCCUAUACUUUGAAAAGUGCUAUCAAUGAAAUUCUUGGGAAUAACAGCUACCGGAUCAACGCAAAAGCAGGUGCUGAAUUAUUCCAGAACAGAAUAGCAACUCCUCAACAAGAGUUACUCUACUACAUCAAUCUGGUAAUCAGCACGAAAGGAGCCUCUCACCUACGCUCAAGGGCUCUCGAACUCUCUACCGUACAGCGAUUGUAUCUAGACGUCGUAAUAUUACUAUUAUUAGUGCUAUGGUUCCUUUCAAAAGUUUUAAAAGUAAUUCAAGUCCACAUGAAAGCGGAAGAUGAAGACAAGAAAAAUAACUAGGAUAAAAUUAACCCAGUCAGUUUUAUUUGCAGCACGAAAAACCCGCCUUACCGGCGUUAUAUUCACAGAGAAAUGAAGAAUGAAGGAAAUUCUAAUAUGAACUCUAUAGUGUGGCGUGAAAUUAGUACGAUUGUUGAAAGCCUCGAUACGUUAAUUCUUUUUUUAAAAUUUGCAAUAUUUCUAGCGUUAGAUCAUUACGGUGACCGCACACACCAUCUAUCACUUGCGGACUUACUGUUAUGAAAAUGUUUUAGUUUUAUUUCUAUAUGCGUUGAAUGUUUUGAAAGUCUGUCAGCGUGUAUUGUAAAUAAAUAAAAUAUGAAAUUUACUUUA